AUGGCGGACGAUAAUGUUGACAAGUGGAUUGAGAUUGCAAAAGAAUGUAAAUAUCUUCCAGAAAAUGACCUCAAGAAAUUAUGUGACAUGGUGUGUGAACUUUUACUAGAGGAAUCUAAUGUUCAACCAGUAUCUACUCCAGUUAUUGUAUGUGGGGAUAUCCAUGGACAGUUUUAUGACCUCAUGGCCCUGUUCCGUACAGCAAUCCAGCACUCUUCUAUUUUUUUUUUGUUUUCUUUCUCCUUUUUUUUUGUUUUCUUUCUCCUUUUUUUUUUUUUUCUUUCUCCUUUUUUUUUUUUUCUUUCUCCUUUUUUUUUCUUUUCUUUCUCCUUUUUUUUUUUUUUUUCUUUCUCCUUUUUUUUUGUUUUCUUUCUCCUUUUUUUUUUUUUUUCUUUCUCCUUUUUUUUUUGUUUUCUUUCUCCUUUUUUUUUGUUUUCUUUCUCCUUUUUUUUUUUGUUUUCUUUCUCCUUUUUUUUGUUUUCUUUCUCCUUUUUUUUUUUUCUUUCUCCUUUUUUUUUUUCUCCUUUUUUUUUUUUUUCUUUCUUUUUUUUUUUUUUCUUUCUCCUUUUUUUUGUUUUCUUUCUCCUUUUUUUUUUUUCUUUCUCCUUUUUUUGUUUUCUUUCUCCUUUUUUUUUUUUUUCUUUCUCCUUUUUUUUUGUUUUCUUUCUCCUUUUUUUUUUGUUUUCUUUCUCCUUUUUUUUUUGUUUUCUUUCUCCUUUUUUUUUUUCUUUCUUUUUUUUUUUGUUUCUUUCUCCUUUUUUUUGUUUUCUUUCUCCUUUUUUUUUUUUUUCUUUUUUUUUUUUCUUUCUUUUUUUUUUUUUUCUCCUUUUUUUUGUUUCCUUCUCCUUUUUUUUUUUUUUUUUUCUCCUUUUUUUUUUUUCUUUCUCCUUUUUUUUUUUUUUCUUUCUCAUUCUUUUUUUUUGUUUUCUUUCUCAUUCUUUUUUUUUCUCUCUUUUUCUCAUUCUUUUUUCUCUCUUUUUCUCAUUCUUUUUUCUCUCUUUUUCUCAUUCUUUUUUCUCUCUUUUUCUCAUUCUUUUUUCUCUCUUUUUCUCAGCACUUUGA